AUAAGGAGCUGCCCUCUGACUAACAUCAUCAGGCUCUUAAAUGGUAUAAACAAACAGGAGGUCUGGCACUACUGACCGGUGUAUGGCCUUUGAAUCACAUCAGAUAAUUUUAAUGAUGACCUGAUUUAACUGAAAGAAACAAAUUUUGGAUUUGAAAUCAAGAUGGACAAAGUAAAAAUUUUCACUAAUGAAAGACCUUCUUUUAAGGAACUGUCUUUUUUAUAAUACUGCAAGAUAAUUCUAGAAAAAAUUUCUGUUUAUAUCAUGCAAAAUGCAGGUUUCUCUCAAUGAGAAAGAGAUGCAUUUGAUGAGUGAUCCGUAUGUAAAAGAAUCUGAUGAACAAAAUCAACCAAUUUGUGCUGAUGAAAAACCAUCUACAUGUCAUGUCUGUUGUCAGACAUUUUCUGAGAAAAGUGAUUUAAUGAUGCAUAUUCUUACUCAUUCAAAUGAAAAAUCUGAUUUGUCUCAAGCAUGCCAUGAAGAACUUUCUCAAAACCAGGUAUUAAAUCUUCAAUAUCCCAAUGAAACUGAUGAAAAAAGUUUUGUUUGUAAUAUUUGUGGAAAGGCAUUUUCCUUAAAAUCUGUUUUUAACAGACAUUGUCUUAUUCAUACAAAUGAUAGACCUUUUGUUUGUGAAAAAUGUGGUAAAACAUUCAAACAUAAAGGUGUUUUAAGCAGACAUUAUCUGACUCAUUCAAAUGAAAAACCUUUUGUUUGUGAAAUAUGUGGCAAGGCAUUUCAUAUGAAAUGGCUUUUACAGAACCAUGGUCUUGUUCAUAAAAAUGAUAAAUCUUUUGUUUGUGACAUAUGUGGCAAAGCAUUUGCUCGAGAAGGUUAUUUAGAUGCUCAUCAUCGAGCGAAUCACACAAAUGAAAGAAAUUUUGCUUGUGAUAUAUGUGGCAAGACAUUUUUUCAUAAAACAGUUUUAAAAAGACAUUAUCAUACUCACUCAAAUGAAAAACCUUUUGUUUGUGAUAUGUGUGGUAUGGCAUUUUCUUUUAAAACAGCUUUACACACACACUAUCGAACUCAUACUAAAGAAAAACCUUUUGGUUGUGAUAUAUGUGGUAAAGCCUUCCCUCGGAAGCAUAAUUUAAAUGAGCAUUGUCGUAUUCAUACAGAUGAAAAACCUUUUAUUUGUGAUACUUGUGGUAAAGCCUUCCUUCGGAAGCAUAAUUUAAAUGAGCAUUGUCGUAUUCAUACAAAUGAAAAACCUUUUAUUUGUAAUACAUGUGGUAAAGCAUUUUCUAGAAUACGUAAUCUAAAUCAACAUCGUUGUAGGUGUGCAUAGGAAAUAUUUUUGUUUAUAUGUACAUUUGUUUAAGGCAUUUAAGUUAAGUAAGGCAUGUUAAGUUAUUUGUUUGGAAACAUUUUGUUUCAGGCAUUUUCUCAAAAAUAGAAACUAAACAGAUUUUCUCCCUCAUUCUGAUUAAAAACCUUUUGUUUGUGAAAAGAUAUAUUAUCAUGAAAACAAUUUUUAAAUAUUGUUACAUUCAUACAAAUGAGAAUUACUUUGUUCAUUAUGUACAUGUAAUGGAUAUUUUCAGGAGAAUUAGUUAUUUAGAAAUUUUCAUUUACAUAAAAAGAAAUAUAAAAACAAUUAUAUAAUGAGACAUUUUUUUGCUUUUGUACAAUUCAUGCUUCUGGGAAUUCUUUUGCCGCUAAUGUUUAUGUGUUAUGGUUUCUUAAAAAUAGAAAUUACGUAUGAUUUAAAAAAAUUGUUAUAAGAUGUCUCUCAGAAAUGUUUAUAUAUUUCUUGCCAUGUUCACAUGGCAGGAAAAAAAAAUUUUUUGUUUUAAAUAUAUAUUUUCUCAUAAACAUAUCUUAUAAUCCAAGUAAAAAUAUUUGAGAAAUAUUUAUUUGUUAAAUAUGAAGUAAGAUAUUUUCUGUAUAAAAUAUCAUUUUAUUGCAAUUGUAUAGUAAAAAACACCUUUCAUAUAACAUUAGUUGGAACAUAAUUUUUUCAAAAUCCAUUCUCCUAUCUAAUAUGAUCAUGUUAAUCAAGCAAUUUUGGCAGUAAAAUAUGAUAUGAACCAGUCAGUUUUUGAAAUCAGUAUGUGUUUAUUCAUAAAUUUUGUAAAAUAAUUUGCUAAAAAUUAUUGUUUCAAUUAAAUACAAAAUUUCAUCGGUAAAAGUAUAGUUUAGUGUGCCCCUUGCUGCGCCAAGGAUGCCAAAUCACCAAUAAAAAUGGUGGACAAAAUAAACAAAUACUUCGAAACAGCUAUGGUUACCAUUUUCUGCAUUAAAAUUAUGAUCUGUACUGAAGUAUAGUUUUAUCUGAGAUUUUUUAUUUUUAUUUUUUUAAACCUUUGGGAUUAUUAUUGCUACUUACCUUAACAAUUUUAAAAUAAAGUUUUUUGAAUUAGCUACGCUGGUCUAUUGUGUAGAGAGCAAAAUUCAGAGCAUGUGAUGUCUUCGGCAUAUGAAGAAAGCACCGGGCAGAAUUUUUGAACUUAAAAAAAAAACACCCUAUGGUUUCGCUAGCUGCUAACAGGAAAAAUCUGUUACAAAAAGAAAAAGAACGGAGGACAAAGCAAUUUUCCAUAGUAAAUUUCAAACCAGCAUCUUUUUCCCUAUCUUCUACUUCAUCAACUUGAAAAAAUAUAUAAAUUCCACUCACCCUUCAUCCAUUCUGCAGGUGCGAAAUACUUCUUGCUAUCCCAUUCACCCGACAUCCAUUUUUACACAAUAUCAAGAAACAUAAAUUACCAAGAGAAUCUUCAGAGCACAAAAAGAAUUACGAGAACUGCAAGGAAUUCAUUGCAAUAGAUUUUUAAAGUAAGAAUUCAGUCAAUUUCUUUAAGUAAGUAUUCAGACAAUUUCUUCAAGCGCUUUCUAACAGUUAAAAGUUGCAAAAGAAUAAAUAUUUUUUGUUCGUAUUCACAUUAAAAAUAAAAUUGCAGUGUCUUACUAGUAGUAAAAAAAACUCUUAAUUAUAAUGCAGAACUAAAUUAAAGUCUUUAAUAGAUAUAUUUUUUUUAUUUUUAAUUUAACAUUUUUUAUAAAAUAGUUGUAAUUCAUGUACAACUCAACCAAGGUAAAAAGUAGUAAACAAAACAUAAUUAGUGGCUAGAAGAUCAUUUCGUUGGGUUGCAACAUUGGCAACAAACACAUGGGCACACUAAACUACACUUCAACCGUUUCAUCUACUACUUAUUAUUUUAUAAAAAUUCAAUUUUAUGUUUCUGUUACAAUCUAACUUUUUGGAGAUAUUUGUUGCAAAAUGUUUUUUAAACUUUUAAUGAGAAUAUUUGUAUUCAUAUAACUAUGCUGUAAAAUGAUUUAUUUUGAUGGUUCAAAUAUUCAUUGUGGGAUAAAUGAAAUUUUAAAGUUAUUAUUUCUCUUAUCAAAUUCUGACUCAGUGAGUUGAAAUUUAAAAUAUCGUGACUGAAACGAUUAAUAUACAUUAUGUAGACUUUACAUUUCACACGUCAUUUUAUGGUGCUGCAAUGACUUUGUUUUACUUUUCUUAGAUUUAAAUAAAUAUUGUGAUAUCUACUUCUUUCUGAACUUAGCUGACGCCUAUUGAGUUAAGACAAGAUAUCUUGUCUUAGUAAGCAUCAGUUAGGGUCCAGCUUAUGCUACACUCUCAACCAGUAUUAUUUGAAAACUAAUACUCUGGUAUGUGCUAACAAAAAGAAUUGUUCACUAUGAUUGAACCGACCACUAGAAGUUUUCUUUCAAUUACAUGUGAUUCAAUUUCUCCAGAAAAUAUUCCAUAAGUGAAAUUUCCUUUUACUUGUUGGAUCUCAAAAUCAUACAUCUACAUAAGAUAAUAAGUGUUCCACAAUUGCUCGGAUCAACAGAAAAUGCCACAUUCCAGCUUUAUCACAAGUCCCUGCCUCAUGUGCUUUGUUAGAUGAUAUAAACUACAAUGAAAUAA